UUCUGUAUCCUUCUUAUAAAUACCUCAACCACAGAACGAUGUUUUUGCUAUUUUUUGAUACGAGUGUUUUUGUAUUACUCGCCUGUUGCGCUAAGACGGACGGUUUAGCGUUGUGUGAAUAGCAAAAAACCGAAUUUGUCGUAAUUUCUUCUGUUGCUAGCGUUUUAAAGCUUUUGAAAUGUACGUUUAUUUUAUACUGUUGACAAUAUCCUGCGCAGGCGGCGCACUAUCCCAGCAAUUAGGCGGAUCCAUCGCCCAGAGCCUGCAGAAUAAUGGAGUACUUCGCCAAUCACCAAACUAUAAUCCGUGCGCUAGCGUUAACUGUGGACCAAAUCGUUACUGCCAGGUGGUCAAUCUCGGCUCUUCCUCGAUUAGAUCUUACCAAUGCCGGACAAAUCCAGCUCCUAUUUCUCAAACCGCUUUGCCGGUGUGCUACGAUCGAGUGGAAAUUCGCGUUCCAGCUGGGACAUCUAACUCUGGCAGCGGGUCAGCUGUUCCGGUGAUUCGUACAGCAUGCCGCACACAGUGCACCUCCAACCGUAACUGCGGAUUCAACCAGAUUUGUUGCACGCGCGGAUGCGACAGAAUAUGUUAUUCUCCCCGAACCACUGUGGUUGACUACACUGGAUGAUUGCAAAAUAAGGAUAAUUGCGACUCUGUUCCUGUAACUCCUCUCGAAAUGUAUUUUAAAUGAACAUAUAUUAAUAUGAAAACAAGGACUGCAUUGAAUUGUUAACUGUGAUUGACCUUGUCACAUUUAUAAAGCACUAUUUACCAAGCGAGGUAAUAUUAAAAAUACUGUCAGCUGUUUACAGCCUUGAC